AUGAUUGAAUUAACUCCAGUGUUGAUAAAGUUACGUGCGCGCUCUCGCAAGAACUCUAGUGUUGAUAAAGUUACGUGCGCGCUCACGCUAUCAAGCGACAAGAUGGCGGUCGCCGCCGGAUCAGUCGUUAAAGUUCCCCGAAACUUUCGGCUGCUGGAAGAGCUUGAGGAAGGACAGAAAGGCGUGGGAGAUGGCACCGUCAGCUGGGGUCUGGAGGACGACGAGGACAUGACCCUGACAAGAUGGAGAGGCAUGAUCAUCGGACCUCCACGGACAAUCUAUGAAAAUAGGAUGUACAGUCUCAAGGUCGAAUGUGGUCCCCGAUACCCUGAGACUCCGCCCUUUGUCAGAUUUGUGACAAAGAUAAACUUGAAUGGCGUGGACAACUCAAACGGUGUGGUUGACAAGCAAGCUGUGUCCGCGCUGGCCAAGUGGCAGAUCUCCUACACUAUCCGGACGGUGCUGCAGGACCUGAGACGGCUGAUGUUGUGCAAGGAAAACAUAAAGCUCCCCCAGCCCCCUGAGAACCAAAUCUACACCAACUGAGGCAGAGCUGCUCUCGCUUCCACCGUUACUCACUACCACCCCCCUCUCCCAGCUUUAUGGUUUGCGUUCAUCUCUCUUCCCCCGUCCACCUCUGUGUCACGUCAAGCCCUCUGCCAGCACCUGUGCACGCACAUACAUGGCAGCAAAACAUAACAUAUAUAUAUAAUGACAAAUACACAUUAGAAUAUGCGCCAAAAUGCAUAGAUAUACAAACUCAAGUCAUUCUUCAUGAAAGCCAUCAUCAUGUCUUGGUCCCCUCCCUCUCAUCACUGGAGUUCUGCUCGGAGCAGGUUCGACUAGGCAGGCAGGAGUCACAGUCCACCCAGAUGUGAUCAUUUGAAUACUGUACAUCUUACUAAUCUUUUUUUUUUUUAAUUGUUAUUUGUUAUAAAUUCCGAUUGUACAAUAACAUAAAUAAUAUUAUUGUGUGUAUAUCUUGUGUGUUGCCUUUUUGUAACCCAGUCAACACAAUUGUGCAUACUAUCAACAAUAUAAUUUGGGAUCACUUCCUAGUAUCUACUGAAAAGACAAAUUUGAUCAAGGUCACCUAUGGAGACGCGUGUAUUCAGCCGGUGUCAAAAUACUUGUUCUGGCUGUUGCUAUGUAUACGUGUUGAAUUCUGUUGACCAAAUAUAUGGUACAUGCAUGUGUGCGUAAAGCUAGGUGCCUAUAGAGGAAACGGGGAAUCAAGUGGGCAACUUAAGUAAACAAAAGUGGCACUGAAGUAAUCCAUUUUUUUUUAUUUUGUUGGGCAGAGCUACCACAAACUGGUAACGAUUAGUCAAUCCUAAAGUUUCCAUGUUUUUGAUUUGAACUGAAAAUAAAAUUGUGUUAAAUCGAUGAUUGGUUAAACAAAAAAAAGAUAAAAAAUGAUCCCAGUAAACACCCCACUUAACCGCUUGAAGAAAACUGGAACCAGCUACCUCUUUUGGUCUUUGUAUAGUCAGCCCAGACAUCUGACUUGUGGAAGUAUGUUCUUAACCACUUGUAUUUGUGUUGAUUUCUCCUCCCUCCAUGUGAGUCAUAAGUGUGAUGCUAGAUGUCUGGUUGUGGUUAUACGCUAAAUAGGUUUUGUGGAUUUAAGGUACACCCUUCAUGCUCCAGAAAGUAGGUGUCUGGAGUUUACCAUGACUUGCCUUAUGUACAGUGUUUACAUAUCUUCUGUUCUGACCUUGAGUGAUCUUACCAAAACAUUGGGGAAACUUGAGUCAUGUAAGCACUCCUUUGCCGGCCAAUGCAUUUCCAAUUGAAUUUCAAAUGUAGCUGGGCGUUUAGAUUGGCGUUAGCGGCACAUUUUAUAAUUGGUGGGUUAAGACCUAUUUGUGCAAUUCUUUGUGAUUAGGCCUGUGUGUAGUUGACAUGGAUUUGUUUCCCCACAAUAUAGAUAUGAGUUGCCAUGACAAAAUUGAAUUAUUUGUUUUCAACAUCCAUAUUACUCAAUUAGUAAUAAAAGCUGCUCAGAGUACAUCA